AUGUCGGACCGAAUCUGCAUUCACUCAAAGGGAAAGGAGAUGGUCAAAUUGUCCGCGGAUGACCUACUUUCGUGUUGCGGACUAUUCUGCGGCUUUGGUUGUAGUGGUGGUUUUCCUGAGAGUGCUUGGAAGUACUGGGCAGCAAGGGGUAUUGUUUCUGGCGGUGUUUAUGGCUCAAACGAGGGUUGUCGUCCAUAUGAAAUCCCUCCUUGUGAACACCACACCCAUGGAGACCGGCCAGAUUGCCAAGGCAACUCAAAAACACCAAAGUGUCAAAGAAAAUGCGAUGUAGGUUACAAAAUGGACUACCAGGAGGACAAGCAUUUUGCCGAAAGUGUCUACAACGUUCGAGCUAGUGAAGUGGACAUAAUGAUGGAGAUAAUGACUGGUGGUCCUGUUGAGGCAGACUUCAACGUGUUUGCAGAUUUCCUCACGUACAAGUCGGGUGUCUACCAACACGUCCGAGGACAGUUUCUGGGAGGCCACGCGGUUAAGAUGCUGGGCUGGGGUGAAGAGAACGGAGUACCAUACUGGUUGUGUGCCAACUCCUGGAACACCGACUGGGGUGAUGGUGGGUUCUUCAAGAUUCUCCGGGGAAAAAACCACUGCAAAAUCGAGGCCGAAGUGAAUGCCGGCAUUCCCAAACUGCACAACUGA